GGACGGUGUGGACUUCGUAAACGUUUGCGAGGGAUCGAAACGGAGGCGCGGCGGCGUUGCUUUUGGGAGCCGGUCGUCUCGACGGUAAGAUGGCCAACCUCGAGAACGCUGCAAUGGCAGCUCCGGUACCUGAUCGCGCUCGGCAAGUCCAAAACCUGCUUGUCGAUCUGGAAGGCGCCAGAGGAUUUUUCUCAGGAAAGGUCAUCGACUAUCGCAUGGUCUGCACGGCUGCUGAAGACAGAGCGUGCCAGAUUGUCGCGAACCUUUCCGUAUGGAACGAGUUCCUCCAUUGGAUUGACCUGGAGUUGCGCGAGUUACCGGGAACAGGGAGGCAGCUGGGCCUUGAACGUGUUUACCACAUGUUAAACGCGUCUGGCAUGCAUCGUCAAGUGCAUCAAGCCGCCACAGUCCUGUUUUGGCUUUUGAAUAACCAUCGCUGCGUGGCGCGAAUGUCUGUCCCGUACAGUAUGACUGAAGGGCCAGCGGAAGAAGUGUGUGUCCCGGUGCUUUGCGAAGGACUUGCAAAUUCUUCUUUGAAAUCGUUGACCCUGGAAGCUCUCUCGUGCGCUGGACAUGAAAAGGUUUGGAAGGUAAUUUUGUCUAUGAAAUGCCUGGAGGAACUUAAUUGCCCGUUCUUCUUCUACUCGUUUCCGGACAGCGUUUUGUCACUUCUCCAAACAAAAACGCUGACGGCGCUCCAUUUCUCCAUUGCGCCUCCCGUAAAAACCUCGCUAUCGCGACUGUUGUUGACAGCGCUCAAAGGAAACACAACAUUGCGAGCUUUGUCAAUAAACAGCGAUGUAUUAAAUGGAGAUGCUGACUUAGUAGUUGAAUUUCUUGUCAGUAACCACAGUCUGCAAGAGUUAACAGUGGUCGCAAUGAGUUCUUCCGAUGGAACAGAUUAUUUGAAAUGGGUUUUCAAAGGUAUGCUGAAGAACAAGUCGGUGUCAAGCUUGCGUGUCGACAGUCUCAUUUUAGAUUUUGAGAACGCUGAGCUUGUAGCGAAGAUGCUUGCGGAAAACAAAGUUUUGCGAAGAUUUGAGUUAUCACACAGUACAUUGACCUGUAUUAAUGCAUUCCUGUUGGACUUCCGAAACACCACAGUACCUCCUAACACUAUUACCUGGCAAGAGGCCAUUUCACGGAACGACACGCUCCAGUAUAUGACGUUGGAUUUCGACAUUUGGAGUGCUGAGCACUGGGGAGCGUUCUUCCUUACAUUGUCGAAACACGCCAGCCUCAGAUUGGUGACGAUCGUUGUAACAGAAUCCCAAUACGAUAUGUUGUCUCCGGUCGUGAAGGCUUUUGAAAGAAGCGACUGCGAAGAUAAGGUUUUCUUCAAAGCAACCUGCAAUGCUAACUCUGUGACUCUUCCCGCCUGCAAGCGGUGUUUCGAACUUGACGCUUUUGUGUCGGACUAUGAGAAAAUAACGGCGCUUCCAGUUUUCCUGCAACUGUCGACUUUUUCCCACUUGAGCAAGUUGAGCGUCAGGAUUUCCAACUGGGACAACGAAAUUUGUUCUGUUAUUCCUGAUUACGUAGCAACAACUUCGACGCUCCGAAAGCUGCACUUGCAGCUUAGCUCGUUCGAUCCUCCGCCCGGAUUAGGCGAGUGGUGGCAGGCAGUUUCAAGGUCGCUGCUGCUCAACAGAAGCAUCGCUGAUCUCGGUGUCGGGUCUGUAGUCGACAGUGGGGAAAAUAUCGGACUUCUCGGUGCCGCAGUCAAGCGAAGCCCGACGAUCCGAAAGUUGCGCCUGUUCUCAUUUAAGCCACUCCCACUCGAUGCAUUCCUUCGGGGGCUACACGCCGACAUCUUCGAGAACAACUCGCUGUGCAACGUCGUAAUACAAGGCGGCGAGCGGAUUCCCCCUGCGUUGGCAGCCUACUGGUUCGACGUGUGCAACACAGCGCGUCGUAACUCUGGCUUCGUGGUCCGGGCAUCUCGAUUCCUGAAUGACGCACGGUCUGACAGGCUCAGCGCCGCGGCUUUGGACCGAGUCUCCCGUCACCCGGCACUCAUCGCAGAGCUUGCGAAAGUUUUGUCCAUGGGCGAGGUCGAGACAGCUCACUUGGUACGGCAGCGGUUCGAGAACAUACAAGGUCUGCACGAGUUCAUGCGGCUGGCUGGUGUCGUCAAGGAGCGGGUCACGUGCCAGCCGCACGAGGACGGGCGCCCGCAGCUCGACGCCCUCGACAGCGAGUGUUGGUCUCGCGUGAGGCGCUACUUGCAGCUGUAUGACGUAGCGUAUGGCCGCGCGCUGCUGCCGAGUCCGUAGACGCCUUUCGUUUGCCGCCUGCACUGCACUGGACCUGUGCGUUCAACUUCAGUUCUGUUAUUCAAGACUUAGUGUGUGUGUGUGUGUUUGUGUGUGUGUACACCCUGUGUUCAGCCGCUUUCUAAAAUUUCCAUGCUUUCCUGUGUUGCAUCGUUUUGCCGUGGCUCUUGCGAAAACUGCGAGUAAUGUGCAGUUCAUAGAAUGUUCUUGCAUAACUGUCAAUGUAGAUAUAUCUUUCGUUGCCGUGAUAAGUUUGAUCUUGAUCUGCGCCCGUCUACCUGAUAGUUUUUGCGUACUCUUUUCCCGGUGAACCAUUUUAAUCAAGAAAUUGUAGUUUUUCUUUUGAACAAGGAGUACCGCGAUAAACUUUGAAGCAACGAGAAGCAGCAAAGUAAUGUGUGUUCAUCUUGAACAACAGAAGAAUGCUCAAGCUCAAGAAAGUAGUGCUGUUACACGUUACGCAAUAGUUUUAAACGUUAUACGCCAUGUUUUCCUGAACGGGAAUUGGAUCCGUUUAACAAUUCAAUCUUCCGACAUUUAGUGCUAAACCACGUUUACCGGGCACGGGCAGUGUUGCAUCUUACGGUGUUGUACCGAUUAAUGUUUACGUGGAAAGUGCGAGACAGCCACUUGUAGUUCAGUAUAGAUAUUCGAAUUGUUUUGUAGAAAACCCUCUUCAUAAACAUUUUGGUAGUCUGCUCAGCAGCGUGGAUGUACUAUUACGUUCUUUGUACGAAGAAAUGAGGGAAAUAAAAUUCUAAUUC